AUGAGGGUAAGUUCAAAAGCAACGAUUAACUCGUUCGUCUCUGCAGCUCGACAGUUGUUGGAAACUGCCAUGGUUAUCAAUUAUGAUCCAAGCGAACCCUGUCCGAAGGUCAUCGCUCCGGUGGAUGUCGGGACAAACAUCGCCCUUGGCAAAAUGUUUGGCUUUGAGGGCUUCGUCAGAGGAUACACUCCGAAGCGAGGCGCUUUUGGCACCAACGCCAAUUUGCAACUGGCGCUGCACAACCUCGCGCUAGACGCUGGUGGUUGGCAAGCAGUCGUCGAAAACAGGGCAACGGGUUGUUCACCGUAA